AUUUAUUUUUAUUCUAUUUUCUUUUUAAAUAAAUAAAAAAAACAUGUCUGCUCAAAUAGCGGAAGCUACACAAAAACUCAGUAUUGCUGAAAGUGUAUUCGUUGACGAAGUUGCUGGUGACGAUACUACCGGUACCGGUGCUGAAACUGCACCUUUUAAGACAGUCCUUAAAGCAAUCGAAUCCAAGGGUGAAAACAUUAAAGUCCAAGUUAAAAAAGAUGCCGAAGGUUAUAAAGAUAUCUCUGGUGCCGCUUUAAAGAAGGCCAAAAAGGCAUUUGCCGAACAACAAAAGAAGGCAAAGAAGCUCGAAGAACAACAAAAGAAGCAAGACGAUGAUUUAAAGAAGAAGGCUGAACUUGAGGCCAAGGCUAUUGAACACGCCAAGUCUAUUGUUCUUGUUGAAGAUAAGUCUCUUCCUAAGGCUGAAAAGAUCAAGAUCCGUCAAUCCACUGAAAACAGAACUAAGCGUGUUAAGGUCUCUGGUUGGGUACAUCGUCUUCGUGUCCAAGGUAAGGAUAUGAUGUUUAUCAUCCUCCGUGAUGGUUCUGGUUAUUUACAAUGUGUUUUGACCGGAAAGUUGUGUCACAACUACGAUGCUAUCACCCUUUCCAUCGAAUCUACUGUUACUAUUUGGGGUGUUAUUAACGAACUUCCUGAGGGUAAGACCGCUCCUGGUAACCAUGAAUUAGUUGCUGAUUACUGGGAAAUCGUUGGUAAGGCACCCGGUGGUGAUGAUGCUUUCAGUAACAAGGUUACUGCUGAUGCCGAUCCUUAUUAUUUAUUGGAUAACCGUCAUCUUGUUCUCCGUGGUGAGACUGCAUCUGCUGUCCUCAGAGCCAGAGCUGAAGUUAUCAAAUCCUUCCGUGCUUUCUAUGAUGAAGAAAGCUUCACAGAAGUUACACCUCCCUGUAUGGUCCAAACCCAAGUUGAAGGUGGCUCCACUUUAUUCUCAUUCAACUACUAUGGCGAGAACGCUUAUUUGACCCAAUCUUCUCAACUCUAUCUCGAAACUUGUCUUCCUUCUCUCGGUGACGUUUUCUGUCUUGCUGAAUCUUUCCGUGCCGAAAAGUCCCACACCCGUAGACAUUUGUCUGAAUAUUCCCAUUUAGAAGCUGAGAUGGCCUUUGUCGAAUUCGAUGAUUUAUUAGAGCAUCUUGAGAACAUGAUCUGUUUCGUGAUUGAUCGUUCUUUAGCUGAUGAAAAGACUGCCGAAUUAAUCAAGCAAUUGAACCCCGAUUUUGUCAAGCCUUCUCGUCCUUUCAUGCGUAUGAAGUAUGAAGAUGCCAUCACUUACCUUAAAGAAAACGAAAUCAAGAAGGAAGACGGAUCCUAUUAUACUUUUGGUGAAGAUAUUCCUGAAGCACCUGAGCGUGCCAUGACAGAUAAGAUUGGUCGUCCUAUUUUCCUCACUCAUUUCCCAGCUGAAAUUAAAGCAUUCUAUAUGCAAAAGGUUCCCGGAGAUAGACGUGUUACCGAGAGUGUUGAUGUGUUAAUGCCAGGUGUUGGUGAAAUUGUUGGUGGUAGUAUGAGAAUGGACAACGCUGAAGAAUUAUUAGAAGCAUACGGUACAGCCGGCAUUGAUCCCGCACCUUAUUAUUGGUACACUGACCAACGUAAAUAUGGUACCACCCCUCACGGUGGUUACGGUCUUGGUGUCGAGCGUUUCCUUGCAUGGCUUCUUAACCGUUACACUGUACGUGACUGCAGUCUUUAUCCUCGUUUCACUGGAAGAUGUACUCCUUAGAUUUUAUACUAUAUUCCGCUUUAAUAAAAAUGAAAUUAUAAAGAUUUGUUAAUGUUUGUUCUACCCCCCUCCCUCUCCCUCUCCCCAGCCC